CUGUCUGCUGUAUAUCUGAAUUGUAGUUCAGAGGAGUGCAAUGAAAAGAUAAUACAGAGCCAAAGGCUGAAGGCUGGAUAAUGGGAACAGAAUAAGUGAAAUAUAGACAUGAAAGCAAAAUCUUGGAAAAGCAUGGGAAGUCUAAAAGUAAUUGCAUUAUAUGUUGUUUUCUGUGGAUUUCUUUCUGCAGUUACUUCAUUUUCACUGAGUAAUUGCACCAUCACUACUUCCCAAUAUAACAUCCAGCUGAAAGUGCUUUGCUACAAAAUGGGCUUUUUUAGUGUUCCUCCACAGAUACCCAGCAACACCCAAAUAUUAGAUGUUUCCUAUAAUGCCUUUGUACAAAUCAAAGUCGGAGACUAUCAGAAUUUUGUACACUUGACAGAUUUGAAUAUAUCCAACAAUAAGAUUGCAUGGAUUCAAGAGGGUGUAUUUGACGGCCUCUCUAACUUAACGCAUCUCAAUCUGGCCAACAAGAAAUUGGAAGGGGUCUCAAGCGGUAUGCUACGCAGUCUAACUAAUCUGCUGGUACUACUUCUUGAUGCUAAUAACAGUGAAGACAUUGAGGAGUCCGCUUUUAGCACCCUUCAAAAUUUAAAGGUGUUGAACCUCACAAACAACCACCUACAUUACAUAGAAAGAGUCAAGCCUGUUCUCGCAUCUCCAGGUUUAGAGGAACUGUACACUGGAAGCAACCAUUUUGAUGUUUUCAACUCAACUGAAAUGUCAACAAAGCCCUUGUCAUUGAAAAAGCUGGAUUUUUGACAAUAUGUUUUAAGCCCUGUUCUAAACUGACCAAAUUGGAUUUAUUGGACAUUUUCCAUUUGUCACAAGGUGUAUUAAGAAGAUUUACACAACUACAAAUACUGCAUCUACAAAUCAAUAAACUAACUGAAGUUACAAAUUCCUUUCAGAUGCU